AUGCAUGACCUGCCUUCCUCUGGAUUUCUCCCAUAUCGAAACAUGCAAGACCCGCGCACGACGACGACGGUGAUGAUGGAGGCAGGGAGCUCUCUGGGUCCCCUACGCGUGACGGAGACGAAGCUCUUCGGCUUCCCUGCGCGCGACGACGACGAAGAAGGCAAAGAACUCUCCAGGGAGGAGAAAAGGCAGAGGAAAGAUCAAGAAGGAAUGGGAGUAUGA